AGUUUUUAUUGUAAUGAGGCUAUCUUGAUUUCUAUGGAAAGUAUAGCAUUUAUUUGGGCCCAACCUAUAAGAUUGGUAGUCUCACUCCCAUUUUUACAGAUAAACAGAGUCCAAAGAGGAGGUGUGUGGUCAUCACUACUGAGUGGUGGAGCUGAGAUAGUUUUCUGCAGCUCUGAGCCUGUAUCCUUUGUCUGAUCCCCUAGAUCAGGGCAAAGAGGACAAAGUAGAACUUCAGAAUUAUAAACAUCACUGGGUCUUGUAAGGAUUGAAGGCCUCAAAGGGCCCUUCAACCUAGAUUUUUAUAUAAAGACUGCUGUGUUCCAUCAUAGUGAUUGGAAAGGUGAAACUGACAUUAAGCCUCUCUGCAUGCUAGGUAGUGUGAAUAUUAGAAAUUAGAGAUAAUUGCCUCAGUUCCUGUUCCAAAGGAGUACCAUCUGGUAGACAAAUAAGUAAAAAAAAAAAAAUUAUAUGGGGCUUCUCUUACAGUUCUGUGUGUAUUGUAUGAGGAUUUUAUGUAAUCCCCAAACUCCCACAAAGAAUAAUGCUCAACCCUUUUCAGAUGAGUUCAUGCUCAAAUUGAAUCAUACUAGCAAAAACAGCAAAGCCAGGAGUUGAAGCUUAGGCUAUGCCUGAAGGCCAGGACUCUUUAUACUGUUCCCUGAAAGACUGGGGUCAUAGACACUGGAUGUAGACGGAAAGCAGCGUAAUGACCAGGGAGGAACUGAGGAAAGUGUUUAUGUCAGUGGUGGGGGCCUUAGCUUUUGCCCUAAAUAUGAUCUGAGCCCCAGCUUCAUAGCCCCUUCUGGGAGGACAAUGCUGGAGUAUCAGCCAUUCUCAGCUCUCGGUAGCUGACAGAAGUGGGCCUUCCAGAGCGUCCAGUGAGAGGAGGAGCCAAGAAUGACCACGCCCCCAACCAUUGUGUCGGGGGAGCUAGUGAGAAAGAGAUGUGCUAUUAUCCAAUCAGGACCCUGUAUGUAAAUGAGCAGGCGAGGGAGGCUCUUGGGCGAUUCUAGCCACUCUUUUCAGUCUGCACGGAUCGAGGAAACCCGAUCCGAGCUCAGUGCGGCCUGGACUCUGAGGAGUCCUUGGCUGUGCUGCCAGCCUAAGAGAGAGGAAGCAGGGAAAGCUUGUCUACAAGCAUCAUGGCUAGCUACCACCGCCAAUCCGGAUACCUGGCCGACGAUGAGGCUGGCCACAGCACUUUUGUGGCUCGGGUGCAGCCCAAGAAGCCAUUGUUGCCAGAAAUGGGGCCAGCCUUCAAGCCAGGUCACAUGCCACAUCCACCAUCAGUGAAGGGCAGUUCAGCACACCGAAGGCGCCGCCUCGACCCGACUUGCCCCCAGGCCUUUGGUGGCUUCCUGGAUUUCCUGACUGAGGGCCAGAUACUGGACAGCCUGCAGUCAGUGGUGGAAGAGGCAACAGAGCGUAUGGCUGGCAUGAAGACAAACACUGGGGUACCGCUGGUGGAGGUGCAGGACCCCGUGGAAGUGCCAGCUCCUGUGCGGCCCAGGACCCGACCAAGUUUCAGCACCGUGCACAGGCACCGUGCUCAACCCACCCUCUGCACUGGACACCUCAACAAUUACCCAUCCUCUUCCAGCUCCAUGUCUGAUUCCUAUCCCAACCUCAAAGCUGGCUGUUUGGGCUUCCACUUCCGGGACAGUGACUUGGAUGUCCAAGACUCCCUGCCAUUGGUAAAGGACAAACUCCUGCUGGAGAAAAGCCUCAAGAGAAUGCAACGACUGGAGAACAAAGGGAGAGGUCUGAGUCAACGCUAUUCCCAGGGGUACUCUCAGCUGUGGAACCUGCCGACCAACAGCCAGUGGACUCGGGAGCAGUCCCUGCCCUGGUUCUCAGAGCUGCUGGGCUCCAGAGCAGGCACCCCUGGGGCAUCAGAGCGGGGAUCUGGAGAACAUGAGUUCAUAUUGCCCAAACGAGAGUUCAAGAAGAUGAAGUCCUUGUUGAGCCAGUCAGCAUCCUUUGAUCUGCCACGCUACUGCUCACUCCGUGAACCUCAUCGCACUUUGGAUUUCCUGGCCAACCAGCACCUCUUCCCAGCCCUGCAGAGUGUGAUCAGCCAGGCUGUGGAAAAGCUCAGCAGUGCCCGUCGCCACAAUGGCUGCCCUCUCUUUUAUGGGAACAUGGAGCCCAGUCCAAAGCUCCCAGUUACCCAUCUGCUGCAGCCAGACUUUAAGAUGGCUAUACCCACCGACAAAGAAGACGCUGAUUCCUUUCCUACCAGAGCCUCCAGCCCCAAGACACCUUACAGGAAAAGCAAGACCAGACGGGUCUCCCCCCUACCUACUGCCCAGCUGGCCACCAGAUUCAGGCUCAAGAACACCAUCACCAGGUUCUCCAAGAAGAAACCACUGCCCUCCAUCUUGUCUGAGACGAGCAUAACAAGCCCUUGGCAAGAAGAACUCACCCAUCUUUUGACUGAAAAAGCUGUCUCCUUGCUCAUCUACAAGUACAAGUUCGAGAACAACCUCAGAAAGCAACUUGGCUUCAUCUCCUUUCCUGUCACCGAGGUUCUCAUGGAUAUUUUCCUGGGCUUCAAGAAGGUGAAGGGUUCCCACAUCUGCCUGUCCUCGAAAAUUGACUGGAGCUGCCUGUUACACAAACUAGAGGAGGCUGAAUUAGAACAGCAGGCCUCGAUGCAUUCCUUGAAGCAGGCCUCAAAGCAGUCCUUGAAGCAGGACUCCCAUACAGCAGCCAACCUGCCUGACACCUCCCAAGAGGUUACUACUCAGCAGGAAACCACUGAACCCAGCACACAGUCCAUGCAUCAGCUUGAGCCAGUCACUGACAUGAGCCAGGAACAGGUUGCCACGGAGUCCCACAAUGAGUUGCCAAUUUUCCAGCUGCUCAGUCCUCGUGGAUCUAUUGAAGUUGAGGAGCACACACCCUCAAGCUUGUCAGAGCCCAACCUCUCUCUGUUCUCCCUCAUCAGCAAGGGCUCUAAAGUCCACAAGUCCAAGGAAAUGGUGAACGUGGAGGACAGUAAAGAGAGUGAAGAGGAGAACCAGUUUGAGGUUGAGGAAGAAGAAGCCUCUGAAGAUGAGAGCCUCCCUGAGCAUGCAUUAGAGGCUCUGAUCAGCUCCUUGGACAUGGGCCAUGGUGAACCCCCAUGACAUCCCUGGAAGCCACGCCCAGUCCUCCAUUCCCUGUUGCUGCUGCUCCUCCAUCAGAGUAGUUGCUCACCCAGCCCCCCCUGCCCUGAACAGAGGUCAGGAUGGACUGAAUGCUCAUGAGGAGUUCUGUUGACACUCUCAGGGGAACAAAUAAGAGAGAAAAAAUAAAAUAAAAUAUGUAUUGAUGGAGCCGAGUCAUUUCAACUAGCCAUCUCAUCAUCAUUUUCCUUGAACUUAUGCCUCUUCCCUUGUGUUAAGUACCUUCAAGUUGGGUUAGCCCUAGCUGCUGGUCUUUGAGAGAAGCUAGUAGUAUUCUUACCCUGAACUUCAUAUGCUCUGCCUUGGAGCUAAUUGUUU